GCCGCGGCUCCGCGGAAUGACUCCCACACUGCCUCAGCGAUGUCACACCCGAGCACAGUUUUGAUCCUAAAAUAACAUCUACCUCAGAUCUUCGGCCGCAAACCCGCGCGUGCGUCCGCGAUCCGCGUUUGUGCACGUGUGCGAUGCUGACAACAUGUUUCCUCGUCGAGAAGCUCAGCGCUGUGCGGCAUAGAGGAGGCGGCGGAGCGGAGCAGCGUCCACAGUCACAGCGGGCUGUUGCAGUCGGGCAGCAUCAUGGAUGCUGGAUGUGUGGUUGCCGCGGUGAUUGAAAAUGCUGCCUCAGGACCCCAUCGUCAACCAGGAAGUGGUGACGUCCUUGAGGGAGAUGUCCCACAAUAUAUUGACCAGGACGAAGACGAUGCCUUACCUCAAGCCACCAACAAUAAUCCUCCAGAAGAGAAACGGCCACAAGAGACAUCCACUGCCAUGGUGAGGAGUGAUGACAUCACAGAGCUCCCAGCCGAGCCCCUCCUGCGUUCCUGCGUCAGCACGGCGAGCAUGAAGGUCAAGAACGUGAAGAAGCUGACGUUCCCCAGAGGUCACUUCCCCAAGUUGGCAGAGUGUGCCCAUUUCCACUAUGAGACUGUUGACUUUGGCAAUGUACAGCUGGCCUUCGCAGAGGGGCAGAGUGAAGGGCCGAAGGCUGGUCUGGACUCCAAAGAGCUGGUCUUUCUGGUCCAGAUCACUUGUCAGGGUCGAAACUGGCUGGUAAAGAGAACCUAUGAAGACUUCCGGGUGCUGGACAAACACCUGCACCUGUGUAUCUAUGACCGCCGGUACUCCCAGCUCACCGAGCUGCCACGAGACGACGCAUUAAAGGACAUUGUUGAGUCAGGAACUAAGAUGCUGGCCACCUACCUGUCCCGCUUCUCCACCAUUGCUGACAACAAGAUCAACUGUGGUCCGGUGCUAACAUGGAUGGAGAUCGACAACAAGGGGAACCACCUCCUGGUGUCUGAGGAAUCCUCCAUCAAUGUCCCGGCCAUCGCCGCUGCACACGUCACCAAACGUUACACAGCCCAGGCCACCGACGAGUUGACCUUUGAGGUGGGGGACAUUGUGUCAGUCAUAGACAUGCCUCCCAAAGAAGACACCGGCUGGUGGAGAGGGAAACAUGGCUUUCAGGUUGGUUUCUUCCCCUGCGACUGUGUCGAGCUGAUAAAUGAAAAGAUUCCCCCCAGUGUUCAAAGCUCAGUGCCGAAGCCAGUGUGUAAGAAGCAUGGGAAGCUGGUAACGUUCCUGAGGACUUUCAUGAAGUCUCGACCACCGCCUCAGAAGUUGCGUCAGCGCGGUAUCCUCAAAGAGAGAGUGUUUGGCUGUGACCUGGGGGAAUAUCUCCACAACUCAGGACAUGAGGUCCCCCAGGUUGUUAAGUGCUGUGCUGACUUUUUAGAGAAACAUGGAGUCGUGGAUGGGAUCUACAGACUGUCUGGGAUCUCCUCCAACAUCCAGAAACUGAGGCACGAGUUUGACUCGGAACAGGUCCCGGACCUGAGCAGGGAGGUCUUUAGACAGGAUAUCCACUCAGUGGGCUCCCUCUGCAAGCUGUACUUCAGAGAGCUGCCCAACCCUCUGCUCACCUACCAGCUCUACGACAGAUUCUCUGAGGCCGUGUCUGCUGCCACAGAUGAGGAGAGGCUGGUCAAAAUCCACAAUGUCAUCCAGCAGCUGCCUCCUCCACACUACAGGACUCUGGAGUACCUCAUGAGACACCUCUCCCACCUAGCCACCUUCAGCCCCAUCACGAACAUGCACAAUAAAAACCUGGCUAUUGUCUGGGCGCCUAACCUCCUCAGGUCCAAGCAGAUCGAGUCGGCCUGCUUUAGCGGCACGGCAGCGUUCAUGGAGGUGCGUAUCCAGUCGGUGGUGGUAGAGUUCAUCCUCAACAACGCCGAGGCUCUCUUCAGCGCUAAACACAAUGCUGUCAUACGUGAAAGCACAGGUAACAACACCUUAUGCAGACCCAAGUCCCUGCUGGUCUGCUCCCCAUCCACAAAGUUACUGUCUCUGGAGGAGGCCCAGGCUCGCACUCAGGUACAGCUGGGCUCCCCGGCCACCACCCCCAGCCUCGCCCACAGUGACUUCAUUGAGGUCGGGGAGGGACCCGGAGCUCUGCUCGGCAAGUUCCACACAGUCAUCGAGCUGCCGAUGGAGAGUGGAAAGCGGCCCCUAGUUAAGGCUAAGAAGUCUCCUGUGGGGAACUGGCUUUCCUUUUUCCACCUGGGCAAGUCCCACUCUGUGUCCAAGCGUAAACUGAAGCGACACCCCAGCGAGCCGAACGAGAUAAAGAGCAUUGCACUGCCAGGUGGGAGAGGAGAUGGCGGCACAUUGCGCUCCACCAAGAGUGAGGAAUCUCUCACCCCUUUGCAUAAUGUGGAAGUGGAGCCCCCGAGUUACCGCCCCCGCAGACCUCAUUCGACUGAGGCCUUUUCUCCCGUCUGUAGCGACGACGUACGAGACGACGUACGCAACGCCAGAAGGAAAGACGACCACAGAACCCACCCACUGAAUGGGAGUCAGCGUGGUCAUGAGCGGGUCCGCACUGCAGUGUGUAUUUCGCCACCACACCAGGAGGACGAUCUCGAUCUUUGUCCGCCGGCCGAAGGCAUCUACAGUUUGGACUUUGACCCCAUGUCUUUCCAGUGCAGCCCAGCCUCAGCGACGCCUGGGCUGCAACGCAGCAAAGAUGGAAAUAAAUGGAGGAAGAAUGCCGGCUGUGCGAGUGAAUCGGAGCCCAUCUUCUCCACGAACAACAACAACAUCAUUGGCUAUCAAUCUCCAGAUAUUAGCCCUGUUCUCUGUAAAGGUGGGAAGAAGGUCACCUCCAAGCAGCUCUCUCCUAAACUCAGCAAGAAGUCAUUUAAGAUGCAGGCAGAUGUUCAGAAUACAUCCGCCUUUCCUCUACCUCUUCCUUCUUCUUAUCCCCCAGCAGAGAACUGUGAAGCUCCACCGGCAGAUGGGAAGGAGCCAAGAGCACCAUACCCACACUGCAGCCCACUCAGCAGAGCGAGCCAGGGCUCGGCCUUGACCGACCUCAGUCAGCCUGCGCAGAACCUGCCCGAUCCAGGAACAGAUAGACUUAUGAGUUCAGUGUCCGUUCUCCCGCCUCACCCUCCCUCGACGAGUGCUGCGCGCAAGUUGGCGUUGGCUCUUGCCGAAUCUGCCCACAAGGCCAGCAGUGGUUCCCAGAGAAGAAGCAAUGUCCCAUCACAACGCCUCCAGAGACUGGAGGCCCACGCUCGGGACCGACCACCCCGGCCCGCUGUGCUCGAUCUUAAAGGGUACCCCAAGGAGUACCGCAGCCCUCACGUCUGCUCCGUCUCCAAGUGGCAAACAUCGAGUCGCAGCCCGGCGGAGAGCCACAGCCGCCCCCAUCCUGUUCAUUUCCUCCCUGCCCCCCUCGGCUCUGAGCCGUUGCAGGUCAGUGAUGGAAAGGAAAGCGUGUGCAAUUUCACACCUAACGUGAGCCCGCUCAGGUCAGACAGCUUGGAUGAAGGCAGUGGAAAGAGGAAGGACCGCAGAGAGGGAAACAAAUGUGCCAAACAAUCGGAACCCACCUAUCAGAGCGUUGGGGUGUCGACACCCACCCAAGCCGCCUGCUCCGCUCGGAGCCCGUCAACCUCUCCUGUGUAUGUAAACACUGACUCCAUCAAUGUCUAUAAUUUCCGCGCUGUUCUGGCAGAGACCUCCAUGCCUGCCUCUAUCAAGGAAGUCAUGCCGCAUCCAUUUCAGCCCUCCUCGACCCAUCACUACAGCCCUGAAGACGACCGGCCCCUUGGCCCAGUUGAGGAUGUCUACGGCAAUCAUCAUCACCACGGUCAUCGACCAGUUCAAACGGGACGAAUGCCUGGCCCGCACUGCCCUCGGCCUGAUGCUGUGUCACCUCUCAUUUUGGGGCCGAAAAACAUAUACAGCACUCUAAGGUUAAGGCAACCUUUGUCACCUCAAUACGGACGUUACAACAGAGAUGAGCGCCUCAUCGGUGGCUGCCACAGACAACCCGGCCAAUGGCAGAAGUCUGAAGAUGGAGUCGUCGGGCACCCGGCCAUCCGGAGGACUCGCUCCUUCCACGCCCCUCAGAUUAGUCACUACAAGCUCACAGAGACGGAAGUCCUGCCCCCUGACACCAUGUUUUAUGUCGAGCAGGAGGCGCCCUAUCAGAGGCUGAUUCAGACCGGCAUUCAUCCUGUCCGGCAGCAUUUUGAGAACACGCGCGCCGACUACCGUCACAGCCCUCAUUCUGAUGUUAAUCCAGUAGAUAGCUCUUGCUAUUAUGGAGAGCCCUGCCAGCAAAGUGGCAUCCGGCACAGUCAGUCCUACACCAUGCGUUCCACAAGGGAAAGCGGACCGUCGGAUUACUACGACUACUCUCCGCGUCGAGUUCCUCCUGUGGACAGGGAGCUUCACAUCGAAAGCAGAGACACUGUCGUUUACGAGGCGAGGGAUGCAGAUGUCUCGUAUCAACCAGUCGAGCAGGAGAGUAAAUCCAGACGUCAAAAUACAUGUCCGGCUGUGUCUCCUUAUGAGGGCCCGGUCUCGUUGACCGACACAAGGAACAGAGACAUAAUGCACACAAGAAGCAAGUCGGACCCUGGCAACGCCUGCCUCCUCUCCGCUAACAGGACAGAUGUGGAAGCUACUUCCCCAACUUCCCCACGGUCUCAAAAGGCAGACCCCAAAGUCGUCAGGCAGCAGUAUGGUUACUGGUCGGGCGCGGAGCCAGGACCAUCCAGGCGGAUUCAGAUCAAAGAGACCUCCUCGCAGCAGCCCCCGCUUUGCAAAGUCCCCUCUCUUCCAGAAAGGGGCCCGCCGAACAUCGAGCACAAUACCAGAGGCCACGCACGGGUUCAUGACCAGGAUCGAUUCCUGAUGACCAACGCCGUCAACAGCUACUCUGGGGUUGUGAAACCCGGCAUCCUCAGGAGGUCGGGGAGGUCGCAGAGCACCAGAGAGAACCGUCACUACUAUCAUUACCACGCCAAAUCCCCGCAGGAUCCUGAACAUCUGGCAUCCUUUUCCACUCAGCCCAACAGAAGGACUCAGAGCACGAAAGUCAGACCCACACAAUAUGACCACAAGGAGGGUUACUACGCAGCGCCCAGACUUAAACCCACAAGAUCCGGUAAAGCCGCUGCUGGGUAUUUGCCCAGCCAGGGCUGCAUGUCUCCCCGCGGCCACAGAUUGCUGUCCAAAGCUCUGGGUCGGGAGGCUUUUUAUCAUGCUGCACUGAGAUCAGAGGCCGGGGUUUACGACUGAUUGCGACCGCUGGUUUUCUCCGAUUCCGCAUCGGGGCCAAAGGAGAAUAGCACUUUAUCCUCUGCCAAACCAACAGUGUUGAAAGUGUGUUUUGUUUUAACCGUCAAGUGCUGCUAAAAAGUGUGAAGUGAGGCUGCUUCUGGGGAUCACCCAUCACAGGGUUUCACAUUUUGCAACAGCUUUUGAGGGAGCUCAAAGGGAGUAUGCAGAUUGUCUUACAUUUAUUUGAAAGUAAAGCUAUGAGAGUGAAAAUGAUGGCUUAUAUAUUUUAUUGAAUGUAUAAGAGAUGCCAAUUCCAAGUAUCUGGUUUUAUUAUGAUUUCAGUCAAAAAAACGUGUGUAAAAUAUUUUUUAUUUUAAAUGUAUUAUAUUUGUAUAAAUAACACACCGCUAACAUGUGGCCAAUCUACUGUACAUUUUGUUUUCUAUUCUGCUCAGACUUCAACAAGCACUUUUGAGGAUAACAGUGUAUGAACCACAUUGUCUUAAUGUGGUGGACAUGAAGCUUCUUGAUAUACAGUAUAUAUAUAUUUUCUUUUCUGUAAGAAACGGCUUGCUCUGAAUCAUGGUUAAAUAUUAAAUUUGCACUUUUGGGGGUGAAAUGGAGCAUAAUCUCAUGGUUUCUAACUUUUUCUUUAUCACACAUUGUAUAAUGCAAUCUUAAAAUAAGCGAGUGCUAUGAUUUCGGUCAAAGCUGCCAUGCUAUGAAAUAUGCUACAUAUACAAUAAAUGCAAAUUAGCUCAUUCAGUUAAGUAAAAAGGUGUAUUUUGUAUGGUUUUGUCACAAAAACGAAUUUAUUUUCUCUUUUAGGGAACUUUUAACAAUGUAGUGUUUUAAAUGAAAUAUGUUUUAUUCCUUAGAGGCUGUUUUAAAUCCAAACAUGAGAAUAUUCUGUUCAAGACAUGUAUUAUUUUAGUGAGUCAGAAAAAGUAAAUAAAGAUAUCUUAUCAGUGA